GGCCACUUGCAUCUUUAGAAAAUGACCCAUCUUCACAGAGAUCUAUUCAGGCAAAGAUCCAAGAGCUUGAUAUAUACCGGUACACGGGACGAAUGAGAACUCCCUGCUGGGGUCCUACGAACUCAUUUGUUUGGGUCACCUAAUCGUUUCCUGACAGACAAAUAACGGCGGGUGUUUUGUAGCGAAAGUUUAGACCUCACCACAUACAACGUUACAAUCUGUGUGGGUGUACUUCGUCCGUGGGCUGCAAAAUUUGGUCAAACUCGCAUAGGAACGGAGUAAAACUCGCACAGAACGAUAUUUUUCGCUUUUCAACUGGAGAAGUACGCGAUCACGAGCUACAGUGUCCAUUCGGAGAAGACAUACCUUUGGGGACAGAAGUUUCGAUACAUCUUAGUAAUUACUUAGGAUGCUUUUUGGAUUGUGUUUUAUCUGUUUGAGUGUUCUUCCGCUCCUUGGCAAAUCGUCGUCAUCUUCGACGGAUUUUGCUUUUCCUCAGGAUUGUGGGCUCAGAAAGAUACGAAACAGUAGAGUCGGACGCGUGAAAAGGAUUGUGGGUGGCUCCCAGAGUUUUCAGGGAAAGUGGCCUUGGCAGGCUGCCUUGUUUUUUCAUGGAAGCCACUACUGCGGCGGCGCAAUCAUCUCUGAUACCUGGAUAGUAACUGCUGCUCAUUGUUUCAAUCCCCGCACUUCCAAAAAUCCUGCUGACUGGACGGUAGUCCUUGGAGAUCAUCACCACGUAAAACGAGAUGACAGGUUUGAACAAAGACGAAACGUGGUCAGCAUCAUAGUCCACGAAAAUUACAAAUCCAUGUACUUUGAGGGAAUUGAGGAUAUUCCACCCGUGAAUGACAUUACGAUAAUGAAACUUAACCGUCCGGUUACAUUCAAUCACUACGUACAACCAGUGUGCUUACCACGCCCAAGUGACGUUUUCGCACCAAAUGAGGAGUGUUACGUGGCUGGGUGGGGUCACACGGAGUGGAAUGGCGCACAACCAGACAUUCUACGCGAAGCUAAAGUUAGAAUCAUUUCUCGAGAGGUGUGUAACCAGGAAAAAUCCUAUGAUGGAAAGAUUCACGGGACCGCCAUGUGUGCGGGAUAUCCUGAAGGUGGAAGAGACGCAUGCGAAUAUGACAGUGGCGGUCCGCUGGUUUGUGUGAAGUGCGGGCGUCAUUACGUCGCGGGGCUGGUUUCAUGGGGCUAUCAGUGCGCUUUACCGAACAAAUACGGCGUUUAUGCAAAUAUGACAGUGCUUACACCGUGGGUUAAGGACAAAAUAAGCAGAUUUGAGAGGGAUAGCGCUUCAAAAACACCCCAAAAAAUGUAACCGCUACACGUUUGCGAAACCUCCUCAUUCGCCCCACGUUUCGCAUGACUGUGUACAAAGCGGGAAAAGAGGCUAGGGAGUCAGGAACUGGGUCUACCCCAUGGGGUCGAGGCUAAUUGUUAAAUUUUUCGGGAAAAAUAAACUAAAAAAGCCGAAAAAAGUUUUC